AUGCGAAUAACGGGGAAAUGGCGCCGGGCGCGCGAUCUUGCAGUGCGCAGCCGGAUCUUCUCGACAAUUCCUUCUGUGGACGCGAUUCCCAGCGAAAUUCCGGUUGUAAUUGUGGGAGGAGGGCCUGUCGGAAUAACGUUCUCAAUCCUGCUAAGCAAACUAGGCGUGCAGUCUUUGCUCGUCGAGAAGAGAUGCAAGCUCCCGGAUCAUCCCCAGGCGCAUUUCAUAAAUAACAGGACAAUGGAGAUUUUCAGGAGGCUUGACGGACUGGGAUCGAAAAUCGAGACUCUUCAACCUCCACUGGACCACUGGCGACGUUUUACAUAUUGCACUGCUCUUGAUGGCCUAGUUCUCGGUGUUGUGGAUCACAUCCAUCCCAAAGACUUGACGAGCAAUCGAAGUCCCACAAAUGUAGCUCAUUUUUCGCAGCACCGUCUUCUUCCAAUCCUCGUGGAGAACGCAACCAGAUCGGGUGUUUCUUUGGAUCCCAUUUCCUUGCAACCAAACCAGAGCAGCAUUUUUAUGGGCUACCAGUGUGACUCCAUCCGAUCCUCUCUCGACAAAGUCGUGGCAACGCUACGUCCUACCGGAUCCACUGCCAGUGAGAAAAUCGUGACUUGCCAGUACUUGGUUGCCGCUGAUGGUGCUGGAAGUGGCGUAAGGAAAUCUAUGGGAGUUACACUCCAAGGACAGCACAACUUACAGCAGCUCAUAAGCGUGCACUUCAUCAGUGAGAAGCUCAGCAAGUACUUGGUGGACAACAGGCCCGGAAUGCUCUUCUUUGUGUUUAAUCCAAGUGCGAUAGCGGUGAUCGUCGCGCAUGAUCUACGCUUGGGGGAGUUUGUUGCUCAGAUGCCAUUUUAUCCUCCACAGCAAAACGCCGAUGAUUUUACAGAAAGCGAGUGUCAAAAGACCAUCCGCCAGCUUUUGAGGUUGGACAUAGACGUGGAAGUGAAGAGUGUCAAGCCGUGGGUCAUGCACGCGGAAGUGGCGGAGAAGUAUUUGUGCGGUGAAGGAGGACGAGUAAUUCUAGCAGGGGAUGCUGCUCAUCGCUUCCCUCCCGCCGGUGGCUUCGGCAUGAACACUGGAAUACAGGACGCACAUAAUCUAGCAUGGAAGCUGGCCGCGGUACUCAACUCCAUGGCACCAUCCACGCUUCUCGAAACAUACGAGACGGAAAGAAGACCCAUUGCAAAGGCCAACACUGCGCUAAGUGUUGAGAACUUCAAAGCGGCCAUGUCCAUUCCAUCGGCUUUGGGACUCGAUCCAUCUUAUGCCAGGUAGCUUGCCUCAAAUUUCUUGACG